AUGUUUUGCGAGCACCGCUGCCAAGAUGGUUGCCAUGGCCAGACUCCAUGCAACGAAACAGCGGCGUGCUCUGGCAGGACGGAAAUCGCAUGUCCUUGUGGCAUACGCAAACAGGAAGUUCGAUGCCUUGCCAGCAGCACCAAUCCCGAGCCUUCGCGACUUGAGCUCAAAUGCGACGAUGAAUGCUUGCGGCAGGAACGUAAUAGACGCCUCGCUGCCGCGCUCAACAUUGAUCCAACCACGCACACCAACGAUCAUGUACCGUAUUCCGACGAGACCCUCGCCUUGUUCAAGGAGACACCAACAUGGUGCGAGACACAGGAGCGCGAGUUUCGCGUUUUCUCACAAAGCCCGACUGAAAUCAGAAUCCGCUACAAACCGAUGCCCAACAACCAGCGACGGUUUUUGCAUGUUUUGGCGGAAGACUACGGCCUGGAGAGCCGAAGCGAAGACAACGAGCCAUUCCGCUACGUUCUGGUGUACAAGGGCCCCCGAUUCGUCUCUGCUCCCAGCAAGACCGUUCGACAGUGCGUCAAGAUCCGCGCCACGCAGGAGGCCGCCGCUGCCGCCUCGGCCGCUGCGGUCGUGAAGCCACCGUCGCUGCAAGAAACGGAACCCCUCAACGCCUUCCUGCUCACGUCGCCUCGCUUCGGUUUAACAACGGACGAGGUAGGCGUCGCGCUGGCGGCUGAGCUGGCUGAGCAGCCGUCGCUCCAUUUCAAGAUUGAGUAUUUGCCGUCCGACGAGGUGCUCAUGCGCGCCACGGUGCAGUACUCAUCGUUUAUGUCGGCCGCCGGCAUCGAGACUGCCCUCCGCGCGCUAAAACAGAGCGUCUCGGAGCGCGUCCGCAACCACGAGAUUGCGGGCAACGUCUUCCUGUGCCACGUUGAUGCGAGCGACACCAUCACCCGUCGCGAGGACUAUACGCGCCAGGAUGGCGUUGGGGGUUGGAGUGCCGUGGCGAGUCGCGCGGCGGCCAAGAAGGAGUCGGCCGCUGAUGCGGAGACGUCACCGGUCAAGGGAACGGGACGCCGGUUACUUGGCCUGCGCAAGAAGAGAGUCGACCAGGCACCCGAACGGCCGUGGGCAUCGCAGCUCGACGGUGACGUCGAAUGUUAA